AUGCAUAUUAGGGCACAGGCAUUGCCAUCCAAGCUAAGGAAUGCAAUACAUUUUUCGAGAUUUUCGACAUGUAUUUGCACACCGAGGUUUAUAUCUGUUAUGGAGGAUUGCCCCAGCAUUACGAAGCCUAUUAUCCAUCAUCGAGCAUAUUCAAAGGUAUCUUGGUUUAACCCGUUGAGUAAGUUCAAUGAUCUGAAGAAGAGUUUGAAUAAAGGAAAUUUGGAUGUAAUUAUCGAGGAACCGAAUGAAAAUAUUGAGACUACAGUAGAAGGAGAUUAUUUCCGAACGUUCAAGCAUUAUUUGAAAACUACCGAAAUACCAGUAAACUUACGAAGACGUAUAUUAAGUGAUAAGUUAUCAGAGUUUGUAAACAAGGUGCCGAGCUUUGGCGAAAAUCCUAUGACACUCCCCAUCUUGAACAGUGUUUUUUUAAACUUAUAUAAUCUUAAUGGAAGACAAUUUGAAGACUCGAAAACAGGAUUAAUAAAGGGGGUUUUAAACCUCGAGGAUCUAAUUGCGUUGUUUGAAAAGUCUUCCAUAGCAGUGUCAAGUGGGAAAGAUGGAGAUGUACUCUUACCAGAGUUUAUGGCUAUUUUGGCACAAUAUUUUUUGAGACAGGAAUCAAAUUCGGUGCCAGUGAAGCUCUUAGUGCAUGUCGUUGACUUGGGAUCAUCAGUUAGGUAUAGUAACUUAAGAAAUACAUUAGAGUUACUCGUAAAAAGUAGGAAAUCGAGUUUAACUCCUGAAUUUACAAUGCAUUUAUUGAAAUAUUAUGAUACUAAAGGGUUGUUAUCACUGAGUGUGUUCGAUGAUAUUUUGUUUGUGAGCAAACGGUAUCCAAAGGCGGAGAUAAUCGAUGAUUAUUUCUAUUAUAAAUAUAUAGAGUAUGUUGAGCUGUUGUAUGCCGACGUACCACCUAGGGUUCACGAAUACAAAUGCUUGGAGAAAGAUAUUGACAGAAUUCAAAUUAUUACCAACACAAAGGUUAUAGAGGGUGCAGUACUUGAUAAGUUAUCGGUGGGAGUAUGGCUUAAAUUAUUGAAGCUAACUACGGAGCUAGAGACUGUAAAUAGGAGAGUUGAGACGCAACAAUCGAUUACAAAGAUCCUAGAUUUCAUUGUUAAUCAGCCUAAAGAGCAACUAGAUUCAACAUUGCAAUUGAUUAAAGAUGAAAUAUUUAAACAAGAUUUUGGAGAUGAAGCUCUAGCUGAGAAUCUCCUAUUAAUAACAUGGUCGAACCCUAGGUAUAAGAUUAUUGCACAAAUGUUGACUAAUUAUAUUUUAGCAUUUGAUGUAAAGUUUUCGGAAAUUUUAAGAUUCCAAGCAGACGUACAGAAUUUUGUUGGAAACGCACCGCAAGGUUUAUCGGAAGUUGAAUUAGCCAAUACAGUCAUUGAUAGAGUAGACCAGUUGAUUAAGAAACUAGAAGAAAAUGAACUUGAAAGUGAAGAGAAGAUCGACUUGUCAGAGUUAUAUAAUAGGAUUAUUCAAUCACUCCUUCCAAUAGGAAGAAUUUUGCCUAGGGGAGAUUUCACUGACUCUAUAACGAGAUAUUUUCAAGAAUCGCAAAAUGUUGAGCCUUCUAUAUACUCGUACAAGUAUCGUCUUGAUAAAGCAAUCGAUCUAUCAGAUCAUAUACAAGCGAUCAAUAUUUUUGAAGAUAGUUUGGAAAGCUUUACACAAUGGCCAUGCCAUAGUGAUCCAACAGUCCAUCGUUCCUUGAAUGAUUUAAUUAUUCUUAUAUGCCAUAAUAUGGAUGAUAUUCAGCUGAUUUUUCCAAUUUUUACGAAAAUCAAACAACAAAUGGUCAACACGCGAUGUAGCGUUGGAGCAAUUAAAUCAAUGGCAGUAAAAAUGUUACGAGCUCAAUAUGUCGGUGAUUUAAUCGAAAUGCUCAAGAGAGAAUUACCAAAAAUAGAUAAAGAUGAUACCAUAAAAUUACCAAUCGAAGGCGAAUACGGUAUGAAGUAUGGGGAACUCUUUAAAAUUUUGCAUGAAUUUGUAAUAACAUACAAUAAUGAAGAGACGCAUGAGACAAAUUGGGUUUUAUAUGGGGAGUUACACAAAUAUUUCCAUGUUCCGUAUGAUACUUACUUACCAGCAAUUAAGUUUUUCAGUGAAAAAGAUAGAUUAAAUGCAGCAUUAAUCAUAUUUAGACAGAUUAAAAAGUUGAGUGAAUUGCAUGGAAAUCAUAACCACUUACCACCUCUGAGAGAUAUGUAUAUGUAUUUGUUCCAAGUAUUUGGUGAUAAAUUGUAUGAAGAAGGAGUUGAGGAGGUGCAUGAAUAUCUAAAGAUGGAUAUAAGUAUUCCUAAACAAGAUAUUUCUUUGCAGAAUGCAAUUUUGAAUGCAUAUUCUAAUUUACAAGAAGUGGGUAGAGCCAAGGAUUUAUUCAUAUCAAUGUCAACCGUCCCAAAGUUGAUAGGAGGAAUUAAUGAAGAAACAAUCCAGAUAAUGAUCAAAACAUAUACAUACAGCGAUAUGAUAUACGUACAAAAAUUUUGGAAUAAUUUAUCACAAUAUGGAAUAAUCCCGAACUAUCCUAUUUAUAGACAAUACCUAAUUGCGCAUGUAUAUCACGGACUUAUUGAAGAUGCAAUUCAACUCACGGAAGAUAUGAAAGACUACGAUUUGGAAGUGUCGGGCGAUACUUUACUUUCGAUGCACAACUAUUGUUUGGAAGCUUCUGAUCAAAAACAAAUUGCCGAAUGGGCAACCGAAAACUACAAGGACAAAUGGGAUGAGGUAGUCAACUCAGGCUAUUUGAAGGGCGCUGAACAAUAUAUGCCCGAAAAUAAUUUAAUUGUUGGCAGUAAUGCUAGUGAUUAA